AUGGGCGACUUCAACACGGAGGCCUUCACCCUUCUGGGGGUAGCCAUUGUGGUCAUUGGCCUGCGAACUACGGCAAGAUGGAUCAUGGUUGGUCCAAGAAAUUUUCAACCAGAUGAUUAUAUCAUGAUAUUGGCAGGCGUGGUCUACGGUCUGGAAACAGGCGCCGCAUACAUGGUGGGGGCAUGGUUCAAGGGGCUUGCAAACAACUCCAUGACUGAUCAGGAACGAAAAGCAUUAUCUCCUUCUUCAGAAGAAUAUCGUCUGCGGGUCGGAGGUUCCAAGGUCCAGGUGACAGGCUGGUCCCUGUAUACGCUCUUGCUUUGGCUGCUGAAGACCUGUAUGGCUAUUUUUUAUUCCCGAUUGACGGCGGGCCUGAUAAACAUGCGAAUUCGAAUCAAUAUCGCAUAUGGCUUGAUUGCCGCUACUUACAUUGCGACUAUAUGCUCAAUUCUCUUCGGUUGCCGCCCGAUGCACAAGAAUUGGCAGAUAUAUCCAAACCCUGGAAAUUAUUGCCAGCCUGCCGUGUCCAAGAUCGACAUCUACGUUACCGUGGUACUAAAUGUUGCAACCGAUAUAUAUCUCAUCAGCAUUCCUGCCCCGAUGCUAUUUAAGGCUCGACUACGAUGGCGGGAGAAGCUGGAGCUUCUGAUCCUCUUCAGUGGUGGUCUCUUCGUGAUGAUGGCUGGUAUUCUGCGCUGUGUUUUGAUUUUAACUGCGGGUGCCAAUGGUGCUGAACAAGCGGGCAGUUGGGCGUGCCGGGAAACUUUUGUCGCCGUUGUGAUCGGAAACGUGCCUAUGAUCUAUCCCUUGUUUCGCCGAGCUGCUCGCCGUGCGGGCUUAUAUCUCACCGCUAAGAGUGGCUCGCAAACCUAUCAAGCCUACGAACUAUCAGAUGGUGAUACGAACGGGUAUGCUAAGCGCAAGAAAUUCCGACACCCCCUUUCGAUCCCCGCCGAUACGCAAUGGAAUACGGUGAGCGAUGAGCAGAUGAUAUUGCCGACUUCUCGCCAACAGCCUGCUACUUGUACUGCCGGGGAUGGAGACUGGGAGACGAAUAGUCAUGGGAGUCACAAUGGAGGCAUCAAGGUCAUUCAUGAAACGAUUGUGCAUUCUGCUGAGAAGGAACCAAAGAUAUAG